AUGGAAACUGGUAGUGAUGCCUUACAACGCUACUUAGCUGACUUUACUUAUGAGUUGGUGGCUGAAACUGGAAAUCCCAAUGACAGAUACCAUCUUGGGAAAAUUAUCUUAAAGCAGUUCAAAGAGGACCCUGACUUUUUACUCCAGAUAGAUGGCGCAACUGACGAGAGAGAUACCUUCGGGUCGAUGUUGGUCAAAUCCGUCAGAUGUGCUGAGGCAUUUCGAAGGUUGGGCAUCAAAAAGGGCGACAUUAUAGUUCUUAUGGCCCCGAACUGUUUGGAUUUGACCGCUCCUUUAUAUGCCGCUUUCUACCUUGGAAUAAGCGUGGCGUGUAUAGACAUGCAUUUGCUUAAAGAUGAAAUCGUCCAAAUAUUCAACGACACGAGGCCAAAAUUCGUAUUCUGCCUCGCCUCCAAAGCCGCGAUUGUUUCUGAAGUAGUACAUUCUCUCGAUAUUGACACUCAAAUAACGACGUUUGGGAAGGAUGAAAAAUUCAACACUUUUCCAGAAUUUCUUGACGAAUACUCGAAAAAUGACAAAAUAGACGAAUUUCGGGUUGAAGAUUUUGACCCAAAAGAAACGAUAGCCGUCUUGAUAUCGACGAGUGGAACCACUGGACUGCCCAAAGUAGCGGCACUGACUCACAGUAAUUGUAUCAUUGGACUUUCGUAUAUUUGGCCAAUGAUAAGAGAGUUUCCUAAUCCGGAAAUGUUCGCCAUAAUACUGUCACCAGUCCAAUGGCUGUCAGCACAUGUGCAUUACAUCUUCUCGCCGAUUCUCAAAUACAGAAGAGUUCAGAGCUCCCAAACGGAAACCCGAGAGCACGUUUACGAUUUAAUCAACAAGUAUAAGCCAACGACCAUGGUGUGCAGUCCUACAUUUAUGAUUAAGCUUUUAGCGCCAGGAGAAAGAGAAAAGUGUAAUUUCUCCUCGUUCAAAUGGGUCUUCCUUGGUGGAAGUGCAGUGGCGCAGGAAGUGGUUGAAGAACUACGUAAAGUGCAUCCCAAAACUUCCAUCUACAGAGGAUAUGGUUUGACUGAAUGCACAGGGCUUUGUUUCGAUAUCAUGGCUACUGCUUAUCGUGACACAUGUGGAACACCAUUGAAGCAUCUGCAGUAUCGCCUUGUAGAUAUUGAUACCCAAGAAGACAUUACAAAGCCAAAUGUGCAAGGUGAACUUUGGAUAAAGGGGCCACCUGUGUUCAAGGGUUACUGGAAGAGGCCAAAAGAAACUGAAGCCGCUUUGACCAAGGACGGAUGGCUUCGAAGUGGAGAUUUAUUUUACAGAGAUGAGCAUUGGUAUUUCUACUUCGUCGAUCGUUAUAAGCUGUUGUUGAAGUAUAGAAAUCAUCAGAUAUCACCGACAGAGAUAGAGACUGUUAUCCGAAGGCAUCCAGAGGUUCUUGAUGUAGCAGUAACAAGUCUACCUGAUCUCGAAUGUGGGGACUUACCUGUUGCUUGUGUCACUCGGGUAGAAGGCUCCACAGUUAGUGCUCAAGAAAUUAAAGAUAUAGUUAAGAAUAAUCUUACUGACACCAAACGGCUGCGAGGUGGAGUCAUAUUUUUGAAGGAACUCCCGACUACAAGGACGGGCAAAGUGGACCGAAACAAGUUGAAAUCGAUAGUGCAGGAAUCAAAGGAGAUAUUAUAG